UGGUAGUCGUUGUCGUCGUCGUCGUUAUCGCCGUUGUUGCUGUUAACCGUAAAAAGUUACCCUGUGGUUCUUUUUAUAAUCCUGUUGAGCAUGCAUCUUCAACGAUACUGUAAAUCCAUUUUAACGCAAGAUUAGCGAGAAAGGUGAGCUGACAAUGAACGCCACCAAGAGGCAUAAUAUCGCCAAGCCUACUCCCAGAGGAAUGCCAACGCCAACACCCAAUUCGAUGGCUGCCGUGUUUGUCUAUUUCACCGUUGUCGUUUCUGAGGCGGUCGGUUGGUCAUUCUGCAUCGUAGUUUUGGGGCCAUUUGAACCACAGAAGCCAACAAAUCCUUCAUUGGAGUUUGAAAUGUUUUUGCGGAAAACGCUGAAGUGGACAAAGAACAGUCGUGCCAAACGGGAUUGCUCGUGUGUGCGGGUGUUAUCAUUCUUGCGCAUGCAAUAGAAUUGGAUGGGCAAAUACAGCGAUUUCUACCAACUUGUCUCUAUAGGUCCUUUGCCGCUUUCAGGAUGGGGGUUAUUUACCGUUUUUCGCUUCUGGUGUUCGGCGCGUGUUUGGCUGUGGUUGCUGGACGAAACGGUGUUGGACCACCAAGACCAGUAGCAUCGCUUAACGACCAACAUCAGUACAUCUGCUCUCUAUUACCAAACUGCACAACAUGGUGUAGUGAUUGCACAGACCGUAUGGCAAUGAAUCUCUUUGACUUUCUGAACAACUGUGAUGAAUGGAAAAAUGCUCCUGCCACGGGUUACCAGCAUGUGUUCCGAUGUCGACCUAGCUCGUCCUACGUGGCUUGUAUCUGUACUACUGAAGACCCAAAUUGUAGAAGAUGCGAGUACUCUGUUCAGAAUAACCUGGUUUGCUUCUCCCAAGAGAAUGGUGACAUCCACGUCUGGCCAUUCAGCGAAGAUGUUGCUGUUACAUCAGUUCUCCUGGAGGACAUGUGUCCCACCUGCUCCUGCUCAACAAAGUGGCCCACAACUCCAAAACUACCUACCACUACAAUCGAGCCUCUGUCAACGUUUCACUCUGUUGAACCCAGCAUGAUUACAGUGGCAGGUAGAACUGUGAUCCUCAAUAAGACGGCAUCAACCGCUGAAGAUGCAACACCUCCUUACAUUGUUAUUUCGCCGACUAUCACUGCAGCUGGAGUCAUUGUAAUAAUCUUUCUCCUAAAUGUGGUUAGAAAGUGGCGAAGAAAGCAACGAAUCCUUCGAGUUCAACGUCCCACAAACUCACGGGCUGAGACAACAAAUCGUGUGGCUGAAUCUGUCUCCCAUCAGGUGAAUUUGUUCGGAGUGGACAUUGAUGGGAGUAACACCUUGCCAUUAGGUACCCUGCUGAUAACUUCGUUUCUCAUGCCUGUUGAAGGCACAGAUCCAGACAUCAGUAACCACGAUUACGAGUGCCCUGAUGCAGUUCUUGCGAGGCAUCACCGGGUUGUACAUGACUAUUUAGAGCUUCAUGGCAAUACUUCGAGCCAGACCAAUAAUAGCGUGCAUUAUUAUGCUUCUGAUAGCAACCUCCCCGCUGGUCCUCCAAUGGUACACACUGCUCCACCUAAUGAUGACUCAACGAUUUUUGGUUAUGACGACGUUUUUGCAUCCGAUGGAGGCCAAGAAUCUCUUGGUCUAGUCAAACCUGACAGAGAUACCCCAGAACCUACCGGGGAUUCCCAUGACUAUGCAGAGGUUACAUCUGAUUUUCCUCUCAAUCCAAAAUCAACACCAGCCGGGAGCCAAAAAUCUUUAGGUCCAGUCAAACCUGUCCUAGAUCCCCCAAUAUUUACCGAGUUUGUCUAUGACUACGCAGGGGUUCAAUCCGAUCCCCAUCCCAGUCCUGAAGCAGGAUUAGAAGCGGGUGAGAAAUCUCCGGGUAGACCUGACCGAGGUCCCACAAUCUCUAACGAGGAUGUCCAUGACUAUGCAGAGGUUCCCUCCAACCCUAAUCCCGAUCCAGAAUCACCAUCAGAGGGGGGGUGUAAAAGCUCUACGGCAGGUCAAACUUGA